ACCUCUCUCUCUCUCUGUCUCUCUCAUCUUUUAUCUUCCCUUUCAGACGAAGAGGAAAAUGAAAAUGUGAGAUGUUUUGAGAGAGGAAUUGAUUUUCACUAUAUUAACACAUAUAUAGUGAGAGAAAGAGGUAAAUGGUGGAUCUUUUUACACCAGCCAUGUCUGUAUCUCCAUCUCUUGCUGGUGGAGAGAAGAAGCACUGGUGGCUUAGCAACAGAAAGAUUGUAGAUAAAUAUGUAAAAGAAGCACGAGUCCUCAUUGCGACUCAUGAACAGGGCGAGAUUGCUUCGGCUCUUAACCUUCUCGAUGCGGCUUUAUCUCUCUCGCCUCGACUUGAGCUUGCGCUAGAGUUAAAAGCACGAUCGUUGCUUUAUCUCCGGCGAUUCAAAGAGGUCGCUGAUAUGCUACAAGAGUACAUUCCGAGUAUCAGAAUAGACUCCGACGACUCAUCGUCGUCUCUAUCGUCUGAUAACUCGUCUACGCAGCUCUCAAGAGAGCGAGUCAAGCUUCUCUCCUCCGGAGGUGACUCACCUGGACGCGAUGAACCCAGUUUCAAGUGCUUCUCUGUUUCGGAUUUGAAAAAGAAGGUCAUGGCUGGUCUCUGGAAUAAUUGUGAAAAAGAAGGACAAUGGAGGUAUUUGGUUCUGGGUCAAGCAUGUUGCCAUUUGGGUCUAAUGGAGGAUGCGAUGGUGCUUCUUCAGACCGGAAAACGCCUAACAACGGCGGCGUUCCGAAGAGAAAGCAUUUGCUGGUCCGACGAUAGCUUUUCCUUCACCAAGUUCCCACUCUCCAGCGAGCUAACUAUCACCAAAGACAACCAGCCACAAACCCCUCCAAGGACCGGGUUUGAGAGCAUUACCCAGCUCCUCAGCCAGAUAAAGCUCCUUCUCCGCCGUAAGACCGCCGCCAUCGCUGCCCUCGACGCCGGACUCAACUCUGAAGCCAUCAGACACUUCUCCAAAAUCGUCGAUGGCCGCCGUGGAGCCCCACAGGGCUUUCUUGCUGAAUGUUACAUGCAUAGAGCUUCUGCUUAUAGAUCCGCUGGUCGAAUUGCAGAGUCUAUUGCUGAUUGUAAUCGAACUCUGGCUUUAGAACCAUCUUGUAUAGAAGUUCUCUGUACCCGAGCUUCUCUUUUCGAAACCAUUAGAUGCUUGCCCGAUUGUCUUCAUGAUUUGGAGCACUUGAAACUUUUAUACAAUUCGAUUUUACGCGAUCGAAAAUUCCCUGGUCCGGCUUGGAAACGUCAAUAUGUGAGGUACACAGAAAUUCCGGGCAAGCUCUGUAGUCUAACCACCAAAAUUCAAGAAUUGAAGCAAAGGGUUGCCUCAGGAGAGACUGGUAAUGUGGACUAUUAUGCUUUGAUUGGAUUGAGACGAGGGUGUUCGAGAUCCGAAUUGGAGAGAGCCCAUUUGUUGCUUACUUUGAGACACAAACCCGAUAAGUCUACCAGUUUUAUCGAUAGAUGUGAGUUUGCGGAUGAGCGUGAGGUAGAUUCGAUUAGGGACAAGGCUAAGAUGUCUGCUUUGUUAUUGUAUAGAUUGAUCCAGAAAGGUUAUACGAGUGUAAUGUCGACCAUCAUGGACGAGGAAGCUGCAGAGAAACAGAGAAAGAAAGCCGCGGCUGCAUUGCAAGCAGCAUCUCAAGCAAUCCAAGUUCAGGAAACUCAUGAACAAAUCAAACAAGUCUCAACAAUGGCGGUUUUGGAGGUGUCAUCCAAUUGUAAUAGGGUCGAAAACAAAGCCACGACCCCAACAUCUCAGUCGGCGUUUCAAGGUGUGUUCUGUAGAGACCUUGCAGUUGUUGGGAAUUUGCUAUCUCAGGCUGGGUUCAAUCGUCCAAUUUCAGUAAAAUAUGAGGCAUUGACCUGUUGAUUUGGAUCUGAUUAUGUUCAUGUUCAUGUCCGGGAAAUCAAACAAACCACUGUGGGUUUGAAGUAAUUAGAUGUUUUACACCGGCGGGGGAAUCUGAUUGUGUUCCCAUGUUUGUACAAAAGGAAAAUUUUUACUACUGCCAGAUGCCGGGAAAAUUUUGCCCCUCAUUUUCAUUUUCUAGCUCUUUUUCUCUCUUUCUGUACAGAGUUAAUUCAGUUUGCAUUUUGUUAGUUGG